AUGACCAGCAGCUUCCUAAAGAGCACGAGACCUGCUAAUCGUGGCAUUGCGGGUACGAAGUUGUCACCUCAUACUGCAGAGACAGUGCUGUCGUGUGGCGUUUCUGCUUUAGAUUAUAUUCUUGGUGGCGGCUUGCCUCUUGGGGGCAUUCUGCUGGUGGAGGAGGACGCUUUCGGUACGUACUGCGGGCAGUUGCUCAAGUACUACGUCGCAGAAGGAAUUGAGCAGCAGCACCACAUUUAUUUUGCUAGCGGAGACGUUGAACCGACAAAGUUUCUUCGCGAACUGCCGAAAGCAUUGCAGGUGGAUGUUGACAGUGCGGCGCAGCAUGCGCCAGCGUCUAUCACGAGUGAUGGCGACCUGAAGAUAGCUUUCCGCUACGAACGCAUGGCAAAGCAAGACUCCCUUCUGGACUACGAAGAACUGAACCACGUUUUCGACUUUUCUGCUCGAAUCGAAGGCUCGAAGCUCGCCGGUGCUUGUGCAGUCACGUUCGACCCUUGCGAAAAAUGGGGAAAAGCUGCUAAUUGGCCCGCUGGUGCUGCUGUAGAGCCGAAUUACGCGUCUGUGCUCGCCGGUGUGAGCAGACUUGUUGACAAAGCAAAAGUAGAGGAGAACCCGUCGCAUUUUGCAGUUAGGAUCGCCCUGCAGGGGCUUUGUUCUCCGACAUGGGGUUCAGUAGAGGGUUUUACUUCCUUCCUUCACACGUUAAAAGCUGUAAUUAGAGGGGAGCCAGUAAGUGUGUUUGUUACAGUACCGGCAGUUAUUACAAGGGCGCAUCCAAGCGUUCUCCGGCGUUGCCGCCGUUUGGCAGACAUCGUACUGAAGAUCCAGGCGUUUGAAGACCACGAGCGAGGUGCCAACCCGUUGUACAAAAAUUACCAUGGACUCCUGCAAAUCGUCAAGCUGUGUCGGCUGUCGUCACUAGGCAUUCGCAUGCCAGAAUGUGACUUUCUGUUUCAUCAGAGAAGUAAGAAGUUUCUGAUUGAAAGACUGCAUUUGCCUCCAGAACUCGGCACUGACGAGAAAUCAGAAUCCAAAUUACCGAGCUUGGCAUGUGCCAGCAAUCAAAAGUUUAGUUUCUGAAUAUCGAGAGCAGCGAUUCAGUGGCUGAGUAGGCAUUAAGGUUCCACAAGUUUACUUAGUUUGAAACUAAGCAAAGCAAUAUAUUUUUUUUGGGCCAUCAGAUAGCAUUCUUCAGUGCAUUGUAUUUCAUGUUAAAAAGUAUGUUAAAUUGUGAUCUUGAGGUUGUCAAUAAUGUUUUGUGUGUGGUAAAAUUUUCAACCUGCUGUUUUUAGAAAUAACCGAGAACCAACUGCUAUUUGCUGGGAAUUGAACAGUAUUAUAGCCGAACUGGUCACUUGUUUUCGCUGACCUACCUGCAGAAUUUAAGUGCUAAAAUGUAUGCUCUGCUUCAUAUGCUGUGGUGGCUGUUAUGCAAUCCUCAAAUUGCGAAAAUUAUCUACUAAUUCCAGUGCCCAUGACUCAUAAUUAAUUACAGGUUCUACUUUUCCUUGGUUGCAUUGCCGAAAAAGUUAGUUGUGCAUCUGAAUCACUUUUGCUUGUUUUCUGAAUAUGGAUUUAUGAAUUGCAUGUAACGGUGAAUAUGGUGAAAUUUUUUUUCUUACUGUAGAGCUUUGCAUUAACAUCGAUUUUCAUGUUUACGCACCAAUUUUUUAUGCUGAAUGCUAGGUUAUGAGCUUAUGAAUUUGUGGCAUUGUAUUGGAAUGUAAGAGGUGCAUGUAAUAUUUAUUGUAGAAAUUUUAAAGAAAAUGGUAGGACACCAUGCAAGCUAGGAAAACUCAAUUUUAUGUUCUGUUUUCUUAAAACAACUAGCCUUUCAUAAUCUUCUUUCCACUUAUCUGUCAACAAAUACACUUCAGGUAUAGAGAAAGUUGUUAAGAAUUUAUAAAAAAGGCUGAAGCACUUUUGUACAUUUAGCUUUUGCUUUGUUGGAGCAUUUGUUGGUUGCAUGUCUUUUGUUCCUUGUGAAUUGCUGUAAUAGCUUUAAUUUCAAAUUUCUGGUGAAGAAGUUCUAAUGUGAAACUGCAGAUUAUGCCAUGAAGUGAGAGGCUAAACAUUAUUUUAGCUUUGCCUCUUUUCACCACUACUGUCGAGCCGUGCCUCUGACAUGUGCAAUUAGAAGUGGCUUUAAAGCAGUGUGAAAUUUCGAACUUUGGUGUACGGUGUGAUACCCUCAUGGCCAGUGUUGCAGCCAAAGAAUGAAAGCUAUUAACAUGCACUAGUCAUGCAAUAGCAUUUUAAGUACUGUUUCAUGUGAGGUAAUUGGUUUAUGAUUACUGUAGCGUUCUGCCUAAAUUUACAAAUACAACAUGAAGGAGGCAGCACGUGACGUGACUCGUGCUAGUGGCAGCCAUAUGUUGUUGCCUCCUUUACGUUUAUAAGGCUGAAUUCUAAAGUAAGAAUUUUGAUAAACUACACUUGUGUAGUGGUGUGUGUGGUUGGUAGGUACAUUGAUACAGGAACUAUGAUGAGCCUACUGUUAUGGUAUUGUGUGAACUUCAGUGCAGAUUGGGCAUUUACGAUUAGUUGAUUACCAUUGCACCAAUUCUGAUCCAUGGAACUGUCCAGCCUGUAGCUAAGUACAGGACAUUGGACAGAUAUUGCAUUUGCCCACAAUUGUUGCUCCCCUCUUUGUGCAGUAUGUGCACAUGGACUUUGUUAAGCUGUUAUGGACAUUGCAUGCUCAGCUGUUUAAUUGCCCAUUUUUUGUUUCAUCUGUGGUUUAUUGUAAGCAGGAAAUGUCGAACACUUCCAUUGCUCACGCUUUUGUACAGGCACACAACUAUCCAGCACUGGGCUAUGAGCUCGAUUGGUAUCUUUCUGUAUCAAAGUGUAUUAGCGCCGUAUUCAUACUGUUACAUUUCUGUUCACUAGGUAAACUAUAAUGUGCAUUAAUAUGUUCUAUAAACAGUUGCUUGAUUUUGUAUUGUGCUUGACUGAAUAAACUCUUUUAUGCUGUG